CGACGUCAUGGGGGCCACUUCAGCAUUUCCGCGCUCUGUGACACGCGACUCCGAUGGGAGUACCCGCCGCCUCUGCCACGCCUCUUCAGUUCGACUUGUCCUACGAGAAGGUCCAGCCGGCUCCGUGGCAGCCCGACCACGCGAGCGACGCGUGCACGGCGUGCCAUGGACAGUUCUCAGCGUGGAUGCGGCGGCGGCACCAUUGUCGUGCCUGUGGGUGUCUAGUUUGUGCGGAUUGCAGUCCAACGAUGAUGCAGCUGCCCCAGUUAGGGUACACGACUCCCGUCCGCGUGUGCAAAGUUUGCAAACCUCCGUCGCGUUCCCUCAGCGCGACGUUGUCCUCCGUGUCGGACGACUCGUCAAGCGAUGGCGAAGCGGAUGCACUGGACGACGAAACGCUGCAGUCGGCGUUCGAUGAGAUCGCUACCCACGCGCGCAUGAAGCGUUCGCGAUACUUCAUCAAGUCGGAAGCAGUCAACUGGCUUGUCGACGCAGGAUGCAUGACGUCGCGGAUCGCGGCCUCGCGGGUAUUCCGCCGCCUGGUGCUCGAUAGUCUCAUCGUGGAAUCAAGCGAUGCGUUCUGCAUCAAUCGCGACUUGGACGACGUGCGCCGCGACUCGUUUUCCACCCUUCCGUCCAAUGACACGCUCAAGUGCCUGAACUGCACGCAUUCGUUCUUGAGUCGCCGAGCGCCCGUCGCCGGAUUCUGUUCCAUUGAUUGCAAGACGAAUGCCGAGUUCAGCCGGUCGGAUGCCCUCCGCAUCGAAGCGUUGUGUGCGUAGAAGACGACAGAGUACCUGUCCACGUUGUCGCCGUCGUCGUCCUAGUCGUCGUCAUGUACCAUACGUCGUACUGUUUCCCUGUUGUACCAUAACCUUAACCAGAUGCGUACCAUGUCA